AUGACUACCGGAACCGAGAACAGUAUCUGGCUGGAUGCCGCCGUGCUGCUCCCAGAUGAGAAGAUUCCUGUUAAAUUCUCUCGUACGAAAAAACUACUAGUGGCAGCGGCAGGUCUCGUCUCUAUCUCGAACAGCGCUUUGGCCUCAUCUCUCCCGUCGGGAGCAGCCAGUGAGAUUGUGAAGGACUUCAAAAUCACCAAUCCACUGUAUCCUGUGCUGCUGAAUUCCGUGUUUAUGAUCGGAUUUGCUUUUGGUCCUCUUGUUUUUGGGCCCCUCAGUGAGCACAUCGGACGACGACUCGUCAUCAUUGGCACCUACGUUGGGUACAUGAUCUUCACCAUCUGCUGUGCCGUAAGCCCCUCCUACUCUGCUUUGAUAUUUUUUCGCUUCCUUUGUGGAGUUGCCGCCUCGUCUCCUAAUGUUGUUGUUGGACCUAUUUAUGCGGAUAUUUUCGACAUUCCUGAAGAGAGGGGCAACGCCGUGUCCAUCUAUGGAUGUGUUACUGCCAUGCUACCGCCAUUUGGACCCAUCAUAUCAGGCUAUGUUGUGGAAAAAUAUUCCUGGAGACUUAGCUUCUGGAUCGCAUUGGGCAUUUCUGGUGUAUUUUUGCCACUGAUCCUUUGGUUACCUGAAACCUACAUCCACUUCAUCAGACGACAGCACAUGAAGCGCAAUAACAUUGAAUUGGCCGUCGUCAAUGAUCCGUAUGGGAAAGAGCAGCCCAGUCUGCGAGAAGAACUAAAAAUCGUCUUCUCCAGGCCAUUUAUCAUGAUCGUCAAGGAACCGGUUGUGCUUUUCACUGGGCUAUACUUGUCGUUGAUCUAUGCGACUCUCUAUCUAUUUUUCCAGUCCUAUUUUAUCAUCUACCAAGGCGUUUAUGGCCUUUCAGCAGGAGAGGUUGGCUUGACAUUCUUACCAGUGUCUGGCGGUUCCCUUUCUGCAUUGUUCAUAUCUCUCUGGUACACGUCUUACCAUCGCAGGUGUAUGUUAUCAGGGGCUGAAUGGGCCAUGAAAAUUGAAUACCGCCGCCUUCCCCUUGCCUGCUUUGGAGGCCCAUUAAUCAUUAUUUCCCUAUUCUGGCUGGGAUGGACUUCCUUUCCAUGGAUUCAUCCUGCAGUCCCUGCUAUGUCGGGACUCCUGUUUGGUGCUGGAUACAUCAUCAUUUUCAUGUCGCUCCUAAAUUACGUGACUGAUGCUUACAGGGAAUUUUCGGCUUCUGCCCAGGCGUCAAUGAGCACCAUGCGGUCUAUAACGGCUGUUUGCCUUCCUCUAGCGGCUCCCCAAAUGUAUGGCAACUUGGGGAUCCAGUGGGCUUGUUCACUCCUGGGUUUCAUCACGCUCAUAUUAGCCAUUAUCCCAUUUGCAUUCAUCAAGUACGGAGAAAAGCUACGGAAGAAGAGUCCUUUCUGUCAACAGCUUGCGACCUAA